ACUUCCGGCCACGACAGUGAACGGACGUGCCAUCAUGUGCUCCCGUGUAGGGGCGGUUUCAGCGGCUCGUGUGGGCCGCGGUAUCAGGUGUACCGAAAAGCCAGGCGAAGAUUUCCAGGUUGUUCUGCCUCAUUUGCCUUCAGGUGAUUCUGUUUUGCACACGGUUUUUUUGCAUGGCAAUUUAAAAGCCAGACCGUAUCGAGUGGAGCAUGUCCGAGACAGCCUUGCUCGUCUUUCGCUGCUGCCGGAAGUGGUCGCCCUUGGGGCAUACCAAAUGAAUCACCUGUGGGCAGUGACGUUCAAGGAUGAUGAAGGCAAAAAGAAGAUGCUGGCGGCGGAGUCAUUCGACGUCAAGGACCAUCGCUGUAUGGUGAUUGACCCCCGUGACCGUGGUGUGCGGCUAAAGCUAUACUGGUUGCUUCAUGGGGUGCCGGACGAAGACGUGCGAGUUGCCUUGUCGCCUUUCGGAAAAGUCACCGAAAUAAGCAGAGACAAGUGGAAGGUCCAGGGUUGCAGUGACAAAGGGUCAACUACCCGCUCGGUUACAAUGAAACUGCAUGUGGGCGUUACUGUGGACGACCUGCCACACCAACUGCGUGUUGCGGAAGACAUGGCGCUCGUCGUCAUUCCUGGCAGAGCACCGCUCUGCCUCCGAUGCCGGGGCAUCGGGCACAUUCGACGGGACUGCCGCGUGCCGCGUUGUGGGGUUUGUCGUCGCUAUGGCCACGAUGACUCUCACUGCGUGCGGUCAUACGCCAGCGUUACAGGGCCAAGCCGAACGGAUGAAGUCUCUGAGCACCUGAUGGACGCCGCGGACGCCGAAGAAGCGAGCAGGGAGGACGACAAUGUGGAAAUGCCUGUAAAGCCCCUUGAACCUUCUUCAGGAGCCGCACAGGAAGGGACCAGUGAAAGCGACAAGCCCCUUGUUGCGCCAGGAACGAAGGCAGAGAAAAAAGCAGGAGACGACGACGCGAAAGCCGCGAGCGAGUCAUCGGCAGCUGCGCGAGAGGUCGGCCCGGGUGCAACGGACGUCGAGAUGACCGCGGCAGGAGCCAUCGCUUCAAAGCGGGCUCGUGAGGCAUCUGACAGCACAGGAAACGUGGGCACGUCAGGCACCGGAGAACCUCCAAAAAAGACAGCGACUGGUCGGCGGCCUACCUUGAAACCAAGGCCAAACCUACCGCCUGACCGUGGGGAGACCCCAACGCCGCCUCCGCCUUAG